GGUUCGCCCGUGUCCCGUCAGGCCUCGCGGCUGCGGCGGUGACGGCGGCAGCGGCGGGAAGAUGGCGGCGGCGGGAGCCCUGGAACGGAGCUUCGUGGAGCUGAGCGGAGCGGAGCGCGAAAGGCCCAGGCACUUCCGCGAAUUCACAGCCUGCGGCGUUGGGACUGCCAGUGCUGUGUUUGGAGCUGUGAAAUACGGUGAAAGCGCGGGAGGCUUCUAUUAUGUGGAAAGCGGCAAGUUGUUUUCUGUCACCAGAAAUAGGUUCAUUCAUUGGAAAACUUUUGGGGAUAUAUUGGAACUGGUAGAGGAAUCACUGGACAUAAAUCUGUUGAAUAAUGCAGUUCGCCUGAAAUUCCAAAAUUGCAGCAUCUUACCCGGAGGGGUUCAUGUCUCUGAAACUCAGAAUCAUGUGAUAAUCUUGAUAGUAACCAAUCAAACAGUGCACAGGUUAAUUUUACCACACCCUUCCCGGAUAUACAAGAGUGAGCUGGUAACUGAAAGUCAGAUGCAGUCAGUAUUCACUGACAUUGGGAAAGUUGAUUUCAGAGAUCCUAGCAACUAUCAGUUAAUUCCAGCAGUACCUGGACUGUCCCCGAAUUCUACCACCUCUGCAGCUUGGCUGAGCAGUGAUGGGGAAGCUCUGUUUGCUCUGCCAUCUGCUGCUGGGGGCAUCUUUGUUCUUAAACUACCUCCUUAUGACAUACCUGGGACAGCAUCCAUUGUGGAACUGAAACAGAGUUCAGUGAUGCAGCGAUUGCUCAUAGGCUGGAUGCCAACAGCUAUAAGGGGUGACCAAGGGCCUUCAGAUCGGGCCCUCAGUCUUGCUGUUCAUUGUGUCGAACAUGAUGCCUUCAUCUUUGCCCUGUGCCAGGAUCAUAAACUACGAAUGUGGUCUUACAAAGACCAAAUGUGCCUAAUGGUGGCUGACAUGCUGGAGUAUGUUCCUGUGAACAAAGACCUGCGGCUCACUGCAGGCACUGGACAUAAAUUACGACUUGCAUAUUCCCCUUCUAUGGGACUCUAUCUAGGAAUAUAUAUGCAUGCUCCAAAACGAGGACAGUUCUGCAUUUUCCAGUUGGUAAGCACUGAGAAUAACCGCUACAGUUUAGAUCACAUUUCUUCACUGUUCACUUCUCAGGAGAUACUGAUCGACUUUGCCUUAACCUCAACGGACAUCUGGGCCCUGUGGCAUGAUGCUGAGAACCAAACAAUUGUGAAAUACAUCAACUUUGAACAUAAUGUUGCAGGUCAGUGGAAUCCAGUUUUCAUGCAGCCUCUGCCAGAGGAAGAAAUUGUCAUCAGAGAUGACCAAGACCCCAGAGAGAUGUAUUUGCGAAGUCUUUUUACACCAGGACAGUUCAUAAAUGCAGCUUUAUCUAAAGCUUUACAGAUUUUCUGUCGAGGAACUGAGAGGAAUUUGGAACUUUCAUGGAAUGAACUAAAGAAAGAAAUUACUUUAGCAGUUGAAAAUGAGCUCCAAGGAAGUGUAACAGAGUACGAAUUCUCCCAGGAUGAAUUUCGAACUUUACAACAGGAAUUUUGGUGCAAGUUCUAUGCCUGCUGUCUCCAGUAUCAAGAAGCCCUCUCCCAUCCUCUCGCUCUACAUCUGAAUCCUCACACGAACAUGGUGUGCCUUCUGAAAAAAGGGUACCUGUCUUUCCUGGUGCCCUCCUCCUUAGUGGAUCAUUUAUAUCUCCUGCCUGAUGAACAUCUUUUGACAGAGGAUGAGACAACCAUAUCUGAUGAUGUAGAUAUUGCUCGGGAUGUCAUGUGUCUUAUAAAAUGCCUUCGGCUGAUUGGAGAGUCAGUCACUAUGGAUAUGACAGUUUUGAUGGAAACCAGUUGUUACAACCUUCAGUCUCCAGAAAAGGCUGCAGAACACAUUCUGGAAGAUUUGAUCACUAUUGACGUAGAAAAUGUGAUGGAAGACAUUUGUAGCAAACUCCAAGAGAUCAGGAACCCUGUCCAUGCCAUUGGACUUCUCAUACGCGAAAUGGAUUAUGAAACAGAAGUGGAGAUGGAGAAGGGAUUCGAUUCAGCUCAGCCUUUGAGUGUUCGAAUGAAUCUUUCCCAGCUCUAUGGCAGUAGCACAGCAGGGUACAUUGUGUGCAGAGCUGUGUACAAAAUUGCCAGUACUCGCUUCCUGAUCUGCCGAGACCUUUUGAUCUUACAGCAGCUAUUAACAAGGCUAGGCGAUGCAGUGAUUUUGGGAGCUAGUCAGCUCUUUCAAGCUCAGCAAGACCUCCUGCAUCGAACAGCUCCCCUGCUCUUAUCUUAUUACCUCAUUAAAUGGGCAAGUCAGUGCUUGGCAACUGAUGUUCCAGUUGACACACUGGAGUCUAAUCUGCAGCAUUUGUCAGUACUGGAACUAACAGAUUCUGGUCCCUUAAUGGCAAAUAAGUUGGUAUCUAGCCCUCAGACAAUUAUGGAGUUAUUCUUCCAAGAAGUUGCAAGGAAACAUAUUAUAUCUCAUCUCUUCUCCCAACCAAAAGCACCUCUGAGUCAAACUGGAUUGAACUGGCCUGAAAUGAUUACUGCAGUUACCAGUUACUUGCUGCAACUUUUAUGGCCCAGCAAUCCUGGUUGUCUCUUUCUAGAAUGUUUGAUGGGAAAUUGCCAGUAUGUACAAUUGCAGGACUAUAUUCAACUGCUGCAUCCCUGGUGUCAAGUCAAUGUUGGUUCCUGCCGAUUUAUGCUGGGACGGUGUUACCUCGUUACAGGAGAAGUCCAGAAGGCUGUAGAAUGUUUCUGUCAGGCAGCCUCUGAAGUGGGUAAGGAAGAAUUCUUAGAUCGCUUGGUCCGCUCGGAGGAUGGAGAGAUUGUGUCCACCCCCAAGUUGCAGUAUUAUGACAAGGUUCUACGUCUCCUGGAUGUUGUUGGGUUGCCAGAACUGGUUAUUCAGUUGGCUACAUCAGCAAUAACUGAAGCAGGGGAUGACUGGAAAAGUCAGGCUACUUUAAGAACAUGCAUUUUCAAACAUCAUUUGGACUUGGGUCACAAUAGCCAAGCAUACGAGGCCUUAACACAGAUUCCUGAUUCCAGCAGGCAGUUAGACUGUUUACGGCAACUGGUGGUGGUUCUUUGUGAACGCGCUCAGCUGCAGGAUCUUGUAGAAUUUCCCUAUGUGAAUCUACAUAAUGAGGUUGUAGGAAUAAUUGAAUCACGUGCCAGAGCAGUGGACCUUAUGACUCACAAUUACUACGAACUUCUCUAUGCUUUUCAUAUCUACCGUCACAAUUACCGCAAAGCUGGUACAGUGAUGUUUGAAUACGGUAUGCGUCUUGGCAGAGAGGUUCGAACUCUGCGUGGACUUGAGAAGCAAGGCAACUGUUAUCUGGCUGCUAUUAAUUGUUUACGACUUAUUCGUCCAGAGUAUGCAUGGAUUGUACAACCUUCCUCUGGUGCAGUGUCUGAUCGCCCUGGAGCAUCCCCUAAGAGGAAUCACGAUGGAGAGUACACAGCUGCCCCAACUAAUCAGCAAAUUGAAAUCCUGGAAUUGGAAGAUCUGGAAAAAGAAUGUUCUUUGGCUCGCAUUCGCCUCAUACUGGCUCAGCACGAUCCGUCAGCAAUUGCCAUCGCAGGAAGUUCAUCAGCAAAGGAGAUGGUCACUCUCUUGGUCCAGGCUGGUCUCUUUGACACUGCCAUAUCACUCUGUCAGACGUUUAAGCUUCCUUUAACACCAGUCUUUGACGGUCUUGCCUUCAAGUGCAUCAAGUUGCAGUUGGGAGGAGAAGCAGCACAAGCAGAAGCCUGGGCCUGGCUAGCAGCCAAUCAGCUGUCCUCAGUCAUCACUACAAAAGAGUCCAGUGCUACAGAUGAAGCAUGGCGGCUAUUGUCGACUUACCUAGAAAGAUACAAAAUCCAGAAUAACUUGUAUCACCACUGUGUGAUUAACAAGUUGUUGUCUCAUGGAGUCCCUCUGCCUAAUUGGCUUAUAAACAGUUACAAGAAAGUUGAUGCUGCUGAGUUGCUUCGUCUAUACUUGAACUAUGACCUUCUAGAAGAAGCUGUGGAUUUGGUCUCUGAAUAUGUGGAUGCUGUAUUAGGAAAAGGACAUCAGUACUUUGGAAUUGAGUUCCCACUGUCUGCAACAGCCCCAAUGGUAUGGCUCCCGUACUCCUCCAUUGACCAGCUCCUCCAUACCCUAGGAGAAAACACUGCCAACAGUCACAAUAUUGCACUGUCCCAGAAAAUUCUUGACAAAUUAGAAGACUACCAGCAGAAGGUUGAUAAAGCAACACGGGAUCUGUUGUACCGCCGGAACUUGUGAUCUGGAUGGAUACCCAGCCUGUGUAACCUCUUGGUGCCUCUUGGGGUUUAAGACUACUCUUCAGAAACCCUGUACUCAAGGCUAACUUUUAUGACUGUAAAUGAUACAUAUGACACUCAAGUCCACAUUCUGCACAAGGUACCACCACAGAGUCGGCCCCUGUGCUUGCUGGUGGUGCUCAUAUGACUGCUGGUGUUCAAACUUGGUUUUCAGCAGCUGCUUUUGUAUAUGAUUCACAAGCGUUUUCAGAGUUUCUAUUUUUUUAAACUACCGAAGACAUCCUUUAUCUGCAAAUGAAAGCUCAUCUUCACUUUUCCAAAAUAGCCAAUGGUCGUUGGCUUGUAGCUGACCACCAAAAGCUGUCCCUGCACAUCUCACAAGUCUUCUCUCAUCUUUUUGUAUUUCAGUGGAAUUAUUUUGGUCCAGAACUGACAUAUUUUCUGUAUUGCAAACAGAGGCUAAUGGUUUUACAUACUCUUCAUUAUUUAUUGUGGAGUUUUUCAUAUAACCUUCAAUAAAGUAUUAAGUAAUUUGCCUAGAUUAAGCCUAACAUUAUGACCAGUUUUAAAAAAAAAAAAAAAAAAUCUAUAUUUUGAGUCUGGCUCUGAAGCUAAAGUUGAAUAAACUUUAGGAAAAAAACUAGGACGUUCAUCUUUAAAAGCAACAGAUUUUCAUUUUUCAAAGUAAAUUUUAUUUAUGUGAUCUAUAAUAAUCAAGCCGGACUUGAUCAUACAGUUAGUCUAAUAAUGUAUUGGACCAAAAUAGAACUUUACUGGUCAGAUUCAGAAGCAUUCAUGGUUACAAACUUAGGGAAAAGUAAAAAAUAAAACCUCCUUGGAUUUUAUUCUGUAUAUUAAAAUCUACCUUUCAAGGACA